UGUGGUCGUACACACUGUCACGUGGAUCUCUGUCGAGCAUGGACUUCACAGAAAUCUACAAACACUCCUUCAACUUGGUCUCCUUCAGUCCAGGAGCUCAUUUCCUUCUCGCUGCUGUUCAGGAUCGCUUGAUUGUCAGGCGCUCAGACUCUUUUCAAAUCACAAAAACUUGGCUAGUCGACUCUUCACCCUCUCCCACAAACGCCACCCUCAGCACUGCUCAAAGAUCCCUCCCUUCGAGUAAUGGCUGGAUUACACAUGCUGCGUGGUCUUAUGAUUCGGAAUAUAUUUUCGCCGCCUGUGCAAGGAGGGGUGUAGUCCAUGUCUUUCAGAUCCAUGACCAAGACUGGAAUGCUCGGAUAGAUGCUGGUGCAGAAGGUCUUAUGAAAGUAGAGUGGGCUCCUGACGGAAGGACACUACUAUGCUUUAGUGAAUGGGGUUUAAGAGUAACGGUCUGGUCUCUAGUUACUGGCGCAUCCACCUACAUUCAAUUUCCGAUACACCCUGAUAAAGGCUUUACAUUCCGAUCCGAUGGCCGCUAUUUCAUCUUGGCGGAACGACACAAAUCGAAGGAUACCCUCGGACUCUACGACACGUCCGAUUCAUUCAAACUAGUUCGCCAUUUUCCUCUACCUACGUCCUCACUUUCGUCUUUCGCUCUUUCCCCGACAGACAACCAUCUCGCAGUAUGGGAGGGUAACCUUGAGUACAAACUCCACAUUAUCACCCUCGCUGGAAAAGUAUUGGCCUCGUUCACACCAGACCCAGAACCGGCGCUGGGUGUACGCCACGUUGCAUGGCAUCCAAGUGGCGCAUUUCUUGCCGUCUCUGGAUGGGAUGAUCGGAUUUAUAUUCUGGAUAGUAUGAGCUGGUCUCCGGUGGUCACCCUUGAGAUCUCCAGUCGAGUACCUGCGGGUGUUACCCUAUGGAGGGAACCCUCAAACUGGCAGGAGUCGACGGAUGGGAGGGGAUUUUUAUCUUACGAUAAGAUCCGCACUCCAUAUACAAUCUCUAUCACGAAACCCGACCACACCAAACCAAAUCCCAAGAGCGGCGCAACUCAAUUGGAGUGGAACAAGACCGGGACGGUCCUUCUCGUUCGAUUUGAGAAUAUUCCCAAUGCCGUUCAUCUCUUCCAGUUUCCCUCUUCGGAGGAGUCGUUCAACCCGAAAUUGCGUUCCGUGCUGCUACACUCACAGAAUGUAUUGCACUGUAGAUGGAACCCGGUUCGACCUGGUUCCAUGAUCAUAUGUUGUGGAAACCGAGGGAUAUAUUCGUGGAGCGACGAGUGGCAGAAUCCAUCUGGUGAACAGGAGGAAGUCGCUGAAUGUAUAGGUGUACCGGCAAAACAAUUCGAUACUAGAGAUGUGCAUUGGGCCCCCGAUGGGAAAGGAUUGGUGUUACUGGACAAAGAAAAGUUUUGCUGCGCUUUCGAAGUUGAAGAGGGAAUGACGAUAUGACACGCAGAUGUAAGUUUCGAUCAAGUGUACUUGGUACUCGGGCUCCCGCUU